AUGGCUCCCUUCAACCUCGAAAGCUCCAUAUCGCUGCGCGCGAGAGCAUGUUGCCCCUCCCCCGCAUUAGAGCAACGACUAACUUUCCCCAGCGACUACAAGGAUGACGGCACCAAUAUCCUUCUCGAUGCAAAUGAGAACGCGUACGGACCUUCUCUGAGUUCAGACGUCGCAGAGAAGGCUGCCAAUGGUGUGGAGGUAGACCUGCUGGGCCUGCAUCGUUAUCCUGAUCCUCACCAGGAGCCGUUGAAGAAGCAGCUCUGCGAGCUGCGAAACACCCACGCCCACACAGACAAGACGCUCAAGCCUGAGAAUUUGUUUGUGGGUGUUGGUAGUGAUGAGGCUAUCGAUGCUCUCCUGCGAUGCUUCUGCGUUCCUGGAAAGGACCGCAUCCUUACCUGCCCCCCUACGUAUGGCAUGUAUUCUGUGUCUGCACAGGUCAACGACGUGGCUCUCGUCAAAGUUCCCCUCUUAGAAGCCCCCACCUUCAGCAUAGACGUUCCAGCUGUCAUGGAAGCCCUGACAAAGGAGUCCAACAUCAAACUUGUCUACCUUUGCUCGCCUGGAAACCCCACUGGAUCAGUCCUUGCCAAGUCCGACGUUCAGCAGAUUCUAGAUCACCCAACAUGGAACGGCGUUGUCGUUCUCGACGAAGCAUAUAUCGAUUUUGCACCCGAAGAUGCUUCUCUGGCUGAAUGGGUGACCGAGUUUCCUAACCUCGUCGUCAUGCAAACCCUCUCCAAAGCCUUUGGUAUGGCUGGCAUCCGACUCGGUGCUGCAUUCACAUCACCCCCUAUUGCACGACUUCUCAACAGCCUCAAGGCUCCUUACAACAUCUCCAGCCCUACAAGUGCCCUCGCGUCCUACGCUGUCUCCGAAAAGGGACUCGCUAUUAUGCGAGACCAUCGUGCGCGCCUUCUAGAGCAGCGUGAUCGUCUUAUCAAGGAACUUCCAAAGAUCCCUGGUGUUGGUCGUCUACGAGGUGGCACUGAAAGCAACUUUUUGCUUUAUGAAAUGCUUAAUUCUGCAAGCGAGCCGGAUAAUACUGUCGCGUUGGCCGUAUAUGAGAAGCUUGCUGAGGGUAAGGGUGUCGUUGUGCGAUUCAGAGGAAAAGAGCACGGAUGCCAAGGUUGUCUACGAAUUACAGUCGGCACAGACGCCGAGGUGACAAGAUUUCUGGAGUCACUAAAGACGACGUUGGCUGAGGUGAGAGGCUCAUAA